AUGUAUCUUGAUAUUCUUCCAGUAAAUAGUGAUUCCUCUGAGGGUAAAUGUGGUUAUCAGGAUGUUUUGAACUACCUCAACCUGACCAAAAAUAAUGAUCUGUACACCAUGGCCCGCCCUGUUAUAAACUACACAACGACUACAAAUGUAUACCUCCAAAUGCUGGUCCAUAGCAUCCUAGAUGUGAAGGAGACUGACCAGACUUUUGUUCCUUACAUUUGGAUUUAUAUGGCGUGGCAAAAUGAACACAUUUACUGGAAACCAGAGGACUUUUGUGGGCUUAGUAGUAUGUCAGUUCCUAUUGAUAGAUUGUGGAGGCCUGAUAUAACUAUUGAAGAGAUGACAGAAAUGGAUAAAGCUCCCCCAAGUCCUUAUAUCAGAAUAUUUUGGAACGGUUGGGUUGUACGUCUGAAUGAUAUGGUUCUGGUCAGCACAUGCAAGAUGCAAGUUUACAAAUUCCCUUUCGACAUUCAGAGCUGCAACAUAUCUUUCAAAUCUGCCAUACACCACGUUUCACAGAUCUCCAUGAAGAGACGGUCCCUCCUCUACGUUGUCAAUUUCUUGUUGCCUGUCCUGUUCUUCUUGUGUCUGGACUUGUCCUCCUUCCUGAUCUCAGACAGAGGGGGCGAAAAGCUCAGCUUCAAGGUCACUGUGCUGCUUGCUGUCACUGUGUUACAACUUAUUCUGAAUGAAAUUCUGCCUUCCUCAUCAAACAGGAUUCCACUUAUAGCAACCUACUGUAUUGGGAGUUUUGCAUUGAUGAUGCUCAGCCUCCUGGAGACGAUUUUGGUGAUGCAUCUGAUGGAGAAAGACUCUGCAUCCCAAGACGAGGCAAACAAAGACCAAAGCCUGAGUGAGGACUGUGGGGACAAACGAGGCAAAGUCACCUUCCACAAUUGUUGUAGAGGUGAGAUUAAGAAAUGGACUCACUGUGUGUCUGUCUGUGAUGUGUCUACUGGUGAAACUCCAUCUGGACUGCUGUCAGUGGCCAAAGAGGUUAGAAUUAAUUAA